GGGGCCCGCGCCGGGGACCGCGACGGCUACAGCUACGGAAGCCGCAGUGGUGGAGGUGGCUACAGCAGUCGGAGAACCUCUGGCAGAGACAAAUAUGGACCACCUGUUCGUACAGAAUACAGACUUAUUGUAGAAAAUCUUUCUAGUCGUUGCAGUUGGCAAGAUUUAAAGGAUUUCAUGCGGCAAGCAGGUGAAGUAACAUACGCAGAUGCUCACAAAGAACGCACAAAUGAGGGGGUAAUUGAAUUUCGUUCCUACUCUGACAUGAAGCGUGCUUUGGAUAAGCUGGAUGGUACAGAAAUAAAUGGCAGAAAUAUCAGGCUUAUUGAAGAUAAGCCACGAACAAGCCAUAGGCGAUCUUAUUCUGGAAGCAGAUCCAGGUCACGCUCUAGAAGAAGGUCACGAAGUAGGAGUCGGAGGAGUAGCCGCAGUAGAUCUCGAAGUGUCUCCAAAAGUCGCUCCCGGUCCAGGUCGAGGAGCAAAGGUCGAUCACGGUCUCGAUCAAAAGGCAGGAAAUCUAGAUCAAAGAGCAAAUCUAAGCCCAAGUCUGAUCGAGGCUCUCACUCACACUCUCGAAGCAGAUCUAAGGAUGAGUACGAGAAAUCUCGAAGCAGGUCUCGGUCUCAAUCUCGGUCCCCCAAAGAAAAUGGAAAAGGUGAUAUAAAGUCAAAGUCCAGAUCAAGGAGCCAGUCCCGCUCCCAUUCACCCCUACCUGUUCCACCCUCAAAGGCUCGUUCUGUGUCCCCUCCGCCAAAAAGAGCUACUUCCAGAUCCCGUUCUAGAUCUCGCUCAAGGUCAAGGUCCAGAUCAAGUUCCAGAGAUUAACCCAGAACUCUGUGUUCUUUGCACACUAUUAUGGAACACUUUUCCUACUUGCUUAGGCAGUUACUCUUACGUGUUUGUACUUGGCCUCUUCUGUGAGAGGAUCUCCUGAAAACAGGAGCACACAAAUUUGAUUUGUGGCCAAAUUUGAUGAAAAAGAUGAGGUUCUAAAAUGGUGGCAUGAAGUCAAAGACCCUCUCUCUCCCUUCUUUGUAGAAUUAAGAUAACUUUGAUUUUAUAGCUUUUGAGCUAAAAUAACUUUUGUAAAGAUUAAGCUCCUUUAGAUUUUUUUUUUUUUAAGUAUUUCAGCAGGAUCUGCUGCAGGGGGUUUUGUUGUUUUAUUUGUUCGCUUAUUUUUAAAUUAACUGUUUCAAGCUUUGGAUACUUUCAGGCUUUAGAGGGAGAACCCAAUUUUCAAUUAUGUUGGCUUUUUAUAAAGCUUGAGUUAUGUAAGAUUUAAAUAAAAGUUUGCUACCAAGAUGAUUGCCUUAUUGAAUAGGUCACUGUUGAAUCCCUUUACUUGUUGAUAUCUGCUGUUUGUGGAAACAGUGUAACUUUUACUUCAGUGUAAAACAAGGCAAGCCUCAGACCAGCAAUAAAUUAUUCAGUUUGGAUAACAUAAUUUGUGCUGUUCAUCAAAUUUGCCAGUCUUCAUCUGCCCCUUUAACAAGUUGGGUUAAAAAUAAAAAGUAUUUUGUGGUCAGACUGUUAAUAGGAUUUUUGCCUAAAUUAAAUAGGUUUCAAAUAAUGAAACUCUUCAAGCAUACAGUUUGAUUGAACUCUUUGACAAGUACUUCCUAAUGCUUGGGAUCUUGUUUAGCUAAUUGUCCCACGUUCUGGAAAUGGUUAGCGUUGUCAGUAUGGUUUGGUGGUCUUUGAUGUUACCUAAAAUUGAAGUUCCCUUUCUUUGAUUAGAUAUUUAGUAUGUUCCAAACAGAAAACACAUAACUGCAUUUUUUGCUGAGAUCGUUACAUUUAACAGACCAUUUAUUUAGUAAAAUCAUAUGCUGAUUAAAAUUCUUCCUAACAAUCAAUCCCCUUUGUAGUUAAUGGGGCUUUGUGAUAAUUGGAUCAUCCUUGUAAGUUUUAUACUUUUGUGUGGUUGUUUCUUUGGAAAAACGGUGAAAUAGGUAAAUGCAAAUCUUGUAUUUGAUAAUCAGUGAAGUAUAAUGAAUAUUGUGAAAACGAUUAUAAUACUGCAGAUUUCUGGGAAUGACUGGAUUAGCAAUUAAUCUGAACAUCUGUAAGCCUAAUUAUAGUUGAGAUUGCAGUUCAAGAACUGGAUUACCUUAUAUCCCUUUGUUUGGAUACUUAUUUCCUCUAAGUAAUUGUUAACUUUAGUCUAAAGUCAAGUUGUAGAUGAAUUGGCUCAGGUUUAAUGCCUGCCUUGGCGCUGUCACUGUCAGGUGUUGAAAGUUAGGCAUGAUAUUCAUGGGCUGAUAAUUGACUGAAGUAUCUAGGUAGGUGCCCAUCAUAGGUAACUGGGAGUACUUGGUAAUUGGAGAAAAGCCUUAGAAAAUUCAUAGGCUUCUGUUUAGAAAAAAAAGUCUUAAAAACCUAACCUUAGAAAUAUAGUGUCCCAUAAGAUUGAUGUGGCUGGAAGCUGUACUGUCUCUUUCUUUGUCAUUUUAAAGAAAAGAGUUUAUUUAAAAAGAAAAAAUGAAGUGUCUGUAGUUCUCUAUUUCACUGUUUUACCUCUUACAAGAACAGAAAUGAUAGCUCUCAAGAGUUGGCUUUAUCGUGCCUGCCUAGCAUGCAGGAGGGCCUGAAUUCAAACCCCAGUACUACUCCCCCCCUUUCUCCCCCAAAAUUCUUUAACCAAAGUUUUUUAGCUUUCAGGGAAAGAAUGUAAAAUCUUUUGAACCAUAGCCUUUUAAGGAGGGAGGUUAAUGAUAGUAGGAUGAAAUUUGGCUUUCUGAAAGUAUGCAACAUACUCAGCUGGGCUUCCUGUUAAUGUGACGUUACAUAGCAGGAGGCAUUUGCCUACAUUGUUAGCUGCCCCAAUAAGUGGGUAAUAGAAUUUCCUAGUAGUGGCAUAGGCCACUGUAUUAAGAAUCUAGUCCUGUUCCAUACAUUUAGACCCAAGGCAUUGAAUGCACUAAACCACUAUACUUAAAACAUUGGCCUACUUGAGAACGUGGAGUUGGCUAAUUUGAAAUGCUUAAGUUCCUUGCUACCUAGUGAACAGAAUCUGAGAAUCAGCCAACAGGCUGCACAAUGAUCAGUGGGUGGGUGGAGUGUUAACCAGGUAGCACAAGAGAAGUGAGGAACAUCUUGAGUACCCAUUCUGCUUGAUAGUGUUUAUUAAAAUACCACAGUGCCUUUAUGGCCAGUUUGAGUCCUGCCUGUCCCUUUAGCAUUUAUGUUCCCACUCCUGUAUUACCACCUUUCAUCUUGGAUCUUUUUUUUUUUUUUUCACUUUGUUA